AUCUGUGUGAUGGUGUUGGUGGGAGUCGACGCCAUAGAUCAAAGACGGACAGACAUAACGGACUUAGGAUACACGGACAGGUUUCGAGGAUGGGUAGACAUCCAAGGACAGGGAGCGAACAAUGACUAUUGCAGAGUGGUUGGGCCCAGCUCCGGUUCCCCAUACAGAUGGGUAUCCUGCGCUCUGGCCGGGACUGAUGGGCAGAGUGAGUACAACUUCAACCCGCCUAACGGGGGCCUCGACGACUUUGAUUUCGGUUACACCGACACCUGGUACAUGAGCGACAAAAAUGGAGAUGGCAAAGCCGACUAUUGCAGAUGCGUUGGAAAUCGACCGAAUUCGUAUGUUUCGUGUAUGCUGGCCAAAAGGUUCAGCUUUGGGUGCAACCAGUACGAACACAGAGUUCCUGGAUCCGACGGUUGUUAGUUAUUUACCGACCACCCUGAAUUUGUAACAUGUUUUCAACCAAUAUAACUUUUUUUUAGUUAUUACAAUUGUAAUACGCUUACAUUUUCACAAUGUAUGUUAUGAAUUAUCAAUACCCAACAUUCAAUGCAUUUCUGGAUCUUCUAAUGUUUGUA